GUUAGUCAUGAGCAACAUGGCGAGUGCUUGGUGGUAGGCGGAUAUUUUGCCUGACGCGGAAACGUCACACACAUGCUGUCUGGUAGCUGUCAAAUUCGUAAACGGGCAAAAAAUGGAGCUGUUUCGUACUGACACGCAUUUUAUCUUCGUGAAAGAGAGGCACAGCCUUUGGUGCGACAAAUAUACCGGCGAAUUCGCCGCGAAAUCGGAUUGGGAAUGGGCUGCUCCGAAAGAUUUAGAAUGCCUGGGAAUGUUUUAUGGAAUAGUAGGAAAAAUCGAACUGCCUGUAUUGGAACCUCGCCUGAUGCUGAUAAAGGAUGUGACACCAGUGGGAGAAUUGCAUGGCGGCCAUGUAAUCUAUAAAAUCAAAUCCAUCGCGUUUCUACACUUUGGCACAGAGAAUACAGAUAUUGGCUUGCUGCCUUGUAAGAAACAUCAGUAUGUGUUGAAGAAGAAGGGGAGCAGUGGAUUGUUUGAUGUACCACAGAAAGCAGCACUGGCAAAAACUUGGGGUACAAUUAAGAAUGCCACAAAUACCAUAAAAAACACCACGCAGCAUGCUGCUGCAUUAGCUACGUCUCAAGUGAAGUCUACAGUCAUAAAACGAAGCGUAGUGAAGGAUAAAGAAAGAUUUGAGAAGAGGAUAUUGGAGGAGCUGAAUAAGAUAUUUACCGAAACUGAUUCCUUCUUCUUCUGUCAGACCGGUGACAUCACCAACAGCUUGCAAAGACAAUGUAUAACAGACUCUCAGCAGGAACAAGAGAAGCCAUUGUGGCAGCGUGUGGAUGACAGAUUCUUCUGGAAUAAACACAUGUUAUACGACAUUAUUAAUUUGAAUACAGAUAAAGCAAACUGCUGGAUAAUACCAAUCAUCCAAGGAUAUGUUCAAAUAGAAAAAUGUAUAGUCGAAGUAGGUUUUGAUGGACAACCACAGCAGGAGACAUUUAACUUGGCGAUUAUAUCGAGAAGGAGCAGAUUCCGUGCUGGAACCAGGUACAAGAGACGCGGAGUGGACGACGAUGGCAAGUGCGCGAAUUAUGUCGAGACUGAACAAUUGGUUUGGUAUCACGAUCAUCAAGUAUCUUUUGUACAAGUACGGGGAAGUGUGCCAGUGUAUUGGUCGCAGCCUGGAUAUAAAUACAAACCACCACCACGGAUUGAUAAAGAUGAGGCUGAAACGCAGAUAGCAUUUGAGAAGCACUUUGGUGAAGAACUUGUAUUGUACGGACCCAUUUGCAUCGUUAAUCUGGUCGAACAGUUCGGCAAAGAGAGGAUAAUUUGGGAAGCCUACAGCAAUCAUGUGUUUAACUAUAAUAAUUCGGCUAUAACAUACACCACUUUCGAUUUCCACGAGUAUUGUCGAGGAAUGCAUUUCGAAAACGUGUCUAUUCUGGUUAGCGCGUUGGCUACAGUGCUGGCAGACAUGGGUUACUGCUGGCGCGAUAGACAAGGUACGAUUUGCAUGCAAAAGGGCGUAUUCCGCGUGAAUUGCAUAGAUUGCUUAGAUAGAACAAACGUGGUGCAAACCGCUCUGGGUAAAGCUGUUAUGGAAAUGCAGUUUUCGAAAUUGGGACUAAUACCACCCGACGGAAUUCUACCCGCAAACAUAAGACAGACUUUUCAAUCGCUGUGGGCUAAUAAUGGCGAUAUUAUUAGCAAGCAAUACGCAGGAACAAACGCUUUAAAGGGAGAUUACACGCGCACCGGAGAGAGAAAAUUUACCGGCUUGAUGAAAGACGGCAUGAAUUCCGCAAACAGAUAUUAUCAGCAACACUUUAUGGACAACUUACGUCAGGCGGCGAUAGAUACGUUGCUCGGGAACCCGAUCGACGUUGAUCAACUGAACAACAAUUGGUCACAUUAUUUAAAUGUCCUUGAUAAUUGCUGUCUCGAACUUAUACCUAUGAAACCACCAAAUAUACAACUUCAACUUGCUACACACCCUGACUUCCUUUAUGCCAAUGCCCUCUAUAAUUUAGCAAGAUAUUAUUUGAAUCGUUUCAAGGAUGUCUACAGACAAGCGACAAUCGAUAUGAUGCUGGGAAAUACUGUGAGCGAAGAAGUAUUCCUAGAACGCACAGAAGAGGAAGAUAAUGCGGCAACUGCUAUUCACGUGAAACUAUUGAUCGAAGAUUGUAAAAAAUUAUUAAUACCUGACCCGGAAAUCAUUCUGGGCAGUUGGGGACUUAUCGAUGCCGAUCCUGUCACGGGUGAUCCAACGGAGACAGAAAUGGAUACUAUUUUAAUAUUGACUCGAGAUAGCUAUUACAUAGCGGAUUAUGACGAUCAGAUCGAUAAAGUCACAAAUUAUCAAAGCGUUCUUCUCAAAGAUAUCGUCUUGAUCGAAUUCGGUCAGCCUGAGAAUACAGUUUCCUUCUUCAAGAAUAAGCAUUACUACUGUAUCCGAAUCAAUUACAAAGUGAAUGGCGAAUACGGUUAUUUUCACAUGUUCCGUAGUACAAAUUUAAGAUUUUUUAAUAACAUGGCGGUUGUGAUUAAAACUGAAGAAGAAAGCAUAGAAUCUCUAAAAGCAAUUUGCGAAGCAAUUUCAGUAGCCAUGGAAAUAGCAGGGUUGCCAAAGGUUCCUGUAGUCCUGAAUGUCGCGUUAGAUAAGAGAAAGAGUAAAUUGGUAAAUAUUAAAGGCUCUACAGGGUUACUGGACAUUUCGUCGUUCCCAGAAAUGACAAGAAAUGUGUCCGAAACACAGUUACUCGCUUUGAAGACAGCAGGUACAAAAGCUUUAAGCAACAUGUCGGAGCAGUUUAGCAAACUGAAUAAACUAAGUUUUGGCGCGAAGAAGCCAAUUGAUCUGGCCAAGGGCACAGGUGGCAAAGGAACGGAUGAAGUAUCGAAACCGAUCUUUACCGUCGGUAGCAGAGAUAUCGCGGGCAACAUAAAAGAGAAGAGCGGCAGCGGCAGUAGCAGCAACAGCAGCAGCAGCGAGAAUAUCGAAAUGACGCACAUACCCGUCGAGAAGCCAGCGAACUUCAGUCACGACAAGCAUUUAAUGGAAGCUUAUACGCCGCUAAUCGGCAUUAUUAUGGGCGUGAAGAACACCAACGUUGUGGACGGUGAUGUUUGCGAGACAAACGCGAACGAGUUAUCUGCACCAAGACAUAACAAUAUGAAUUCAAGUUCAAAACCCGAUAUGGCAAUUGACGCGCUGCAUCUAAUACCGCAAGGUGGAUCUGGCGCCAGUAUCAUGAGCGCUUCGCCGCAGAAGACCACGGCGACCACGCCGGAGAUAACAGUUUACGACGUCGGGGAUAGCGUAGGCGAGGAGAGAGAGCGAAUGAUACCGUCAACUCUAACGCUUUUCAAAAAUAUCAGUCACUCGACGGGAGACGUCGACAAUAAAGCAUCAUCGAUCGGUACUAAGAGUAUUACACUUCAAACGGACGGCAGACUGGAUGAGAAGAAAAGAUCAGCUUCCGAAAAGGAUCUGACGCUGAACAUCACAUCAUCCCAAAGCGAGUCCGCUUUGAAGUCCAUAAAAGAUAAUAUUACAAAUGUUACUAGUCCAGUAGCGUCCACGGCCAAGGAUAUUCUGUUGCCGUUCUCGAAGUUUGCGAAGGGUGUGCAAACGUUAGGGGCUAAUUUAGAUCCUAGAAAGCUAAAGACAGGUAAUGUGAUGCGUUUGUCGGAAAACCAAAUAGAAGAGCGACAGAAGCUUCAGGAAAGAUGGAUCUCUUGUCAAUCUAGACUUAUUGCUUUGUAAACAUUUACUAUUAGAAUGACCAGCUUUCCGAAAGCAAUUCAUCAUAAAUUAUCAAAUUUAGGGCUUACUGUAUAUUCGUAAAUACCACGAAUUCGAUAUCAUAGCGAUGCAAAUGCUACGCGCUCUCUAAAAAAAAAUUGAAAUAAAGUAUUAAAGGAUUGUAUUAUAGACAGUUUUACUAUUUAAAUUGUGUAGUUUAAUAUGAAAAAAAUAUCACGUAGAAAAUAGCGAACAAUUUCGAUCACGUUUUGUAGAAAAUCCUUAUAAAUUGAUCUCACUGCACCUAUUUCGUAUUUUCACACUUCACGAAUGCAGUAUUCUUGAUGUGAAACAUAUAAAAACUAAUCUGCUGUAAGAAAGAAAGCAGAAUCUACACUACGACGAACACAACUAACACAGAGUACAAUGUGGUCAAUAUUUAUUCGUAGUUAAUUAAUUUGACGAGCUAAUGAAUACCAAACAAGUUCUGUAUCGCUAUGAAAUUGUGCUAGCUUUUAGCACAUUAUUUUCUUGAAUCAGCGUCUAUAUAAAUCUUAUUAUAUACCUGCUAAAUUUUUUGGGCAUAUUUUUACAACUUUUUAAUGGCAUUUUUCUGAAAUUAGCAUAUUUAAUGCGACCAAUCUGAAUUGAAAAAAUACUAGUCUGAAUAUUUUUUGAAGGGAUUGAAUGCCUUAUAUAUUCUUGUUGACUGCCUUAUUCUUGCGUGAAACUAAAUUCUCUCUAUUUUAGUAUCGAGAUUUUAUUUUUUUUAGCAGAAAUAUUUUAUUCUAUUAAUAUGUGUAGAUAACUUUUUAUAUAAAAAGAUAUGAAUAAUUAAAAAUGCAGAUGAGACGAUUUAUUUCUAUAUGACGUCGAAGAAAGAAGCUUCAUAGUCAAUUAUGUAAAUACAGAGAAUUAUUUAAAUAUAGUUUAGUAAAAUAUAUAUAGCAAAGUUAAUGAUGAAAAUGUGUUUUGAGAUAUAUGGUUGUCAGAUAUAACUAUUUCUUGUUAAUUUUUCGAAGUGUGUUAAAAUUUUUUGAAAAACGUAUAAAUGAUACAAUUGAUUUGAAAAACAGUGAAAAACAAGACACAUGUAGAAGAGUUAAAAAUUUUUGUUGAAUUAUAAAGUUGAUUAAAAUUCUCUAAAUUCAUAAAUAUAUUAGACUAUUAAUUAUAAUUUAAAAAUGCAACAGCAGAACUAAAUAGCAAGUUUAUUGUGAUGACGUUUCAGUGUUCUAAUUUUAGAUGCUUUAAUAGUUGUUACAAACUUAAAGUGUCUCAAGAGUCAGCAAAGAUUCAGUAUUAUAUCAAAUAUAUGCUAUUUACGAAACUGCAAGAUUUGUGUGUAUGUAAAUCAACGAUGUAGGAAGAUUAGACACAAUAAAUUAUUGCGCAAAUAUUGUAUUUAAAGUUAGGAAAUCAUGACUUUACAUUGCCCACUAUUGUAAAUAUUUCAUUCCGAUAGUUUCCAGUUCCGUUUUGGAAACGCAUUAAUAUUAUAGCAGUCCUAAACUCGUAUUUUUAGCGAAUGUUCUUUUUACCGUAAUAAUAGUCUGUGAUAUAAUCUUAUAGAAUACAUACAGCUCAGAUCCAUGAUUCAGAAAUGUAUGCAUUCUGAAAGAAAUUUAGCGACGCUUUAGAAUAAGAAGCAUGUAACUAGACAGUUUGUAAGUACUCAUUUUUAAAGAAUUUUAAUUUUGACUGGACACAAAGUCGUUAUUUACUAAUUAAUUAAAAAAAAAAUAAUCAUUAAAAAAUAUGUAUUUAAAUUCUAUUCAAUGAAUGCAAUGUAAGGUCCAAUGCAAAUUUAAUAUCGAAUCUGUGUGAUGUGUUAUCACGUAUUUGCAGUAGUUAUAACAUUAUGCUCUGCGAGAAAUAUUUGAAUUAAUUCUGUGUGAAAUCAGAUUGCUAAUCUUCGAAACCAGUAACUGAUUUACCAAGAAUUUAAAAUAUUACUUUUUCUCUAUUUUUAUAAGAAUAUUUUUUAAUUUUUUUCUUUUGAUUGAAAUUUGAGAUAAAAUUAAGAUGUUAGAAGAGAAAAAUUAAGAUGUUAGAAUUAAUUAUUUUUUAAUUCAUAUAUUCCUUGCAGAAUAAAAAUUGCACAUUUGAGAAAUCGUGUGUAGAGCCUGUGAAGGCUUGAUAUGCCUUAUAUAUGUAUCCGCUAUUAUGUUCUCGUAAGAUUGUAAUAAAGACAUUUGCGUAUACACCAAAUAUAGCAAACAUUGACAGCACUUGUAGAACAAAUAAAACAUAUUUGACUUGU